AUGCCGUCCAGCGAGUCCGACAGUCAACCCUCGGGCUCCGCGGCGCAGGGCAAGAAGGAGUCCAAAUGGCACAAGCGGUUCGUCCAGCAGCGGCUCCGGGGCUGGUCUCCCAUCCUGCAUGCCCGGAACGCGGAACUUUACUUCCUGGCCGUUGGGGUGUUCUGCCUGGCCCUGGGCAUACCCAUCCUAGUGGCCUCCCUGAACGUCGUGGAGUACAAGGCCCGCUACGAUCUGGCUGGUGUCUUCGCCGACCUGGACUCCAACAACCAGCAGGAGCUGCUGUGGGGUGCGGGCGACGAGGGCGUGCUGGUGAUGGUGGAGAUCGAGGUAACCAAGCGCAUGACCGCCCCGAUCUACGUCGUGUACGAGCUGGACUCCAUGUUUCAGAACUACCGCCGCUACGUCCGCUCCUUUGACCCUGACAACAUGCACGACGGGUUGGAGGCCAACAAGUCUGGCGUCUCCGCCUGCGAGCCCUUCACCUACAUCACGGGCGCGCCGGACGCAGCCUUCCCCAACCAGGGCGCCAUCCUGCCCUGCGGCCAGAUCUCCCAGUCCCUCUUCAACGACACCUUCGAGCUGUCGGCGCGGCGACGCGGCGGCGCCGCCGCACGGGAGCUGCCAAUCAAUUCCAGCGACAUCGCCUGGGCCAGCGACCGCGACCACCUCUACGGCGCAGUCAACGCCGAAAACUUCAACACGGUGCCGGCCCUGCGCGGGGGCCGGGGGGUCUUUGCCCCGCUCAACCAGGACCAGCACUGGAUGGUGUGGCAGCGCCCGGCUGCUCAGGCCCAGGCACAGAAGCUGUACGGCCGCAUCGACUCCGACCUGGAGGCUGACAUGAUCGUCACGGUGCUGGUGUACAACCGGUACAAUACGUAUGGCUUCCAGGGCGCCAAGAGCCUCAUCCUGACCACCAACAGCUGGGUGGGGGGAAAGAACGUCUUCCUGGGCAGUGUCUACAUUGUCAUCGGCGGCCUCGCCUGGCUGGCUGCAGCAAGCCUGUUCAUCACCUACAACCUGGGCCUGUUCUGGAAGAGGGGGUACGGCGAUCUGUCCCUCCUGUCCUGGGAGGCACACCUGCAGCCCGGUGACGGUCGCUUGCGGGUCCAGUCCAGGAAUCGGGCCGGAGAACACCGUGUGGUCCCGCAAUGA